AUGGCAUCCCAAGAUCCAGAAAUUGCGCACAGUCCCGCCAAAAGCGGCGAUGACGAGAAGUACAUCGGUGAAAAGCAAGAGACCGCCUACAUCGACUUGGAGAACACCGCCACGGCAAAGAUCAAAAAUCCCUUGACUCACCUGUCCAACGAGGAAGUCAUCAAAGAUGUUGAAGAGUUCGCCAGGGAGAACGACUUUGCAGACAUGACGGACUUACUCGUGAAGGGUGCUCUCGUCGCCAAGGAUCCUCCAGCCUUCGAGAGCGUUCCGGGCCUCAGUGAACCCGAGAAAGAAGCCAUUCGUAACGAGGUCUUGCACAAAUGGCGUCAGCCAAAGUCACUCUAUUUCACAAUCAUCCUUUGCUCGAUUGGUGCAGCUGUACAGGGCUGGGAUCAAACUGGCUCCAACGGUGCAAAUCUCUCCUUCCCAGACGCCUUAGGCAUUCCAAUUAGUAACCAGUUGGCCAAUGGACAACCGAAUCCUAACGCUGCCCGCAAUCAAUGGUAUCAAGGACUGAUAAAUGCCGGUCCAUAUAUUGCCUCGGCAUUCAUUGGUUGUUGGUGCUCUGAUCCACUAAACAACCUCUUUGGCCGACGAGGAACCAUUUUUAUGUCCGCCGUCUUCUGCUUCUUGAGUCCGAUUGGUUCUGCCGUUGCUCAAACGUGGGAUCAACUUCUUGUCACUCGACUUCUGCUCGGCAUUGGUAUGGGCUGCAAAGGCUCGACGGUUCCAAUCUUCAGUGCCGAGAACGCCCCUGCAUCAGUCCGAGGAGGUCUAGUCAUGAGUUGGCAGAUGUGGACUGCUUUCGGUAUAUUUUUGGGCACCUGCGCCAAUCUUGCUGUUAAGGAUACUGGCUCCAUCUCGUGGCGCCUUCAGUUUGGCUCUGCCCUGCUUCCUGCCCUGCCUCUUCUGAUCGGAGUCUACUUCUGUCCAGAAUCUCCUCGUUGGUACAUCAAGAAAGGGAGAUACCGCAAUGCCUUCACAUCACUCAAGCGUCUCCGAAACACCGAACUUCAGGCUGCACGUGAUUUGUACUACAUCUUUGCUCAACUCCGCAUGGAAGCCAGCUUGGUCCAGAAGCAGAGCAACUAUCUUACUCGGUGCCUGCAACUUUUCACAAUUCCACGGGUUCGUCGUGCCACUCUUGCAUCCUUCACUGUCAUGAUUGCUCAACAGAUGUGCGGAAUCAACAUCAUUGCCUUUUACAGCUCCACCGUAUUCUCGGAAGCUGGCGCCUCAGUCACGGACUCACUAUUGGCAUCCUGGGGCUUCGGGUUGGUGAACUUUGUAUUCGCCUGGCCCGCCAUUUGGACCAUCGAUACAUUUGGCCGUCGUUCUCUCCUGUUGUUCACCUUUCCUCAGAUGGCAUGGACAUUGCUAGCUGCCGGCCUUUGCUAUUUAAUUCCUUCCUCAAGCCAGGCCCAUCUAGGUCUGGUGGCUCUCUUUAUCUAUUUGUUUGCGGCCUUCUACUCGCCGGGAGAGGGGCCUGUGCCAUUCACAUAUUCCGCCGAAGUCUUCCCUCUUUCUCACCGUGAGGUCGGUAUGGCUUGGGCAGUGGCGACUUGCUUGUUCUGGGCUGCCGUGCUCUCAAUCACUUUCCCCCGAAUGCUUUCGGCGAUGAGCCCGACGGGUGCGUUCGGGUUCUACGCAGGCCUGAAUAUCUGCGCGCUUGUUAUGAUCUUCUUAUUCUUGCCCGAGACCAAGCAACGGACCUUGGAGGAGCUUGACUAUAUCUUUGCUAUUCCAACUCGUACUUUUAUGAAGCAUCAAGUUGGUACCGUCCUGCCAUGGUGGAUUAAGACGACAAUCUUCCGCCGAAAGAUCGGCCCUUGCCCUGCGCUAUGGUCGUUCGAUGGCCAUGUGGAUAAUGAUAAAGAGUUCGUCGAGACUAUCCGCAGACAAAGCGAGGCCGUCCACGGUGGUCGCCGCCGCAGCAGCAUUGCGGACAGAAUUGCCAACAGAUUCUAA